AUGGAAACUCCGAGUGGCACCAUCAUCUUCACCACCAUUGGUCGUACUAACUACGGCUUCGACGUUUUCUCUCUCCACAUAGCUUCCUCCGUCGAACGUUGUUUAACAGACGGCGUCUCCGUUAACUUCAACGCUCAAUUCGCCAAUGGCAACGGCGAUGUCGUCUUCGUUUCGGAACGUGCCGGUUCUGCCCGGAUUUUUAGAACCCGACCCGGAGAUUCAAAGCCUGAGGAGCUUCCCGGAGCUCCGGAGAGCUUAUUCCACGACCGUCCGUUAGUUACUCAAAACAAUAUACUUUAUUUCAUCUCCUCUCACGAGCAGCCUGAUCGUCAUUUCAAGAAUUGGUCUGCCCUCUACGCCGUGAAGCUCGACGGCGAAGAGAGUCAAGUUACACGUGUCACUCCGCCAGACACCGCCGAUUUUAGCCCGGCGGCUUCUCAGUCGGGAGAGUUUUUGGCCGUCGCGUCCUAUGGGUCUCGUCUUUGGGGCGGUGAAUUUAAUGAGAUCAACACUGAUAUUGUUGUUUUCAGAGCAUCUGAGCCGGAGACGAGAGUGGUGAUUUGCGAGCGAGGCGGAUGGCCGACUUGGUCCGGCGACUCAACCGUUUUCUUUCACCACCAAGCAGAGGACGGUUGGUGGAGCAUUUUCCGGGUGGAUGUACCGGAGAAUUUCAAGGAAUAUUCCGGUUUUCCCAUCGAACCGAUCCGAGUCACUCCUCCUGGACUCCACUGCUUCACUCCUGCCGCUUUCCACGACGGGAAACGAAUCGCCGUCGCAACCCGUCGUCGCGGCGUCAACUAUCGUCACAUCGAGAUUUUCGACAUUGAACACAAAACUUUUAAACCGGUGAGUGAGCCACUCAACCCGAGUUUCCACCAUUACAGCCCCUUCGUGUCUGCCGAUUCCGAGUUCCUCGGCUACCACCGGUUCAGAGGCGAGUCGACUCAGGGCGAGUCAAAAAUUCCGAACCUAGAAUCGAUCGCCUCACCAAUCAAAACCCUCCGCUUGCUCAGACUAAACGGAUCAUUUCCGUCAUCAUCUCCUGACGGUGAUCUGAUCGCAUUGAACUCCGAUUUCGACGUUAACGGUGGUAUCAAAGUCGCCAAAUCUGACGGUUCGAAACGAUGGACGUUGAUCAAGGACCGUACAGCUUUCUGCAAUUCGUGGAGUCCCACGGAGCGUCAUGUCAUCUACGCAUCUCUCGGUCCGAUCUUCCGUCCGCCGGGAAUCGCGGUUCAGAUUGCUCGAAUCAAGUUCGAUCCGUCGGAUCUCACCGCCGAUAAAGAAGAGCUUCCAUGUGAAGUGAAGUUUCUCACUCUAGAGAACACCGGGAAUAACGCCUUCCCGUCUUGCUCCCCCGACGGUAAAUCCGUCGUGUUUCGAUCCGGCCGAUCGGGUCAUAAGAACCUCUACAUCAUAGAUGCUGUUAACGGAGAAUCUGACGGCGGAGACGGAAUUCGACGGUUGACGAAGGGACCAUGGAUCGACACUAUGCCUUGCUGGUCUCCGAAAGGGGAUCUCAUCGGGUUCUCAUCUAAUCGGCACAAUCCAGCGAACACCGAAACGUUUGGCGCUUAUGUGGUGAGGCCUGACGGUUCUGGCUUGAGGAGGAUCCAAGUUGCGGGACCGGAAGGAUCGGAGGAAGCGGCGAGGGAGAGGGUUAAUCACGUGAGUUUCAACAAGGAUGGUGACUGGCUAGUACUCACGGCGAACUUCGGUGGAAUUACGGCGGAGCCGGUGGCGAUACCGAAUCAGUUUCAGCCGUAUGGGGAUUUGUACGUUGUGAAAUUGGACGGAACGGGGUUGAGGAGGCUGACGUGGAAUGGGUAUGAAGAUGGAACUCCCACGUGGCAUACUGUGGAUGAUCUGGAUCUAAGUCGUUUGAGUUUGAACGGUCAAGAUGGAGACAAGCUUGAAGGUCAGUUUGAGGAGCCGUUGUGGAUUUCUUGCGAUAUAUCUGAAAAAAUAUGA